AGGAAGACUGGAAACAACCUGGAAAAGUUUAUGGUUACUGGUUCGGUGGAACGAAAGAGAAAGGGCCGCAGUCCAACGCGAUGGUCCGACCAGGGUAGCAAAUCGCUAUCCUUCAAAGUCCAUGAUACCUUAGAAGUCGCAAGGGAUCAGAAAGCCUGGAAACCUGCCAUCCGGAAUCAUGUGGUCCACUUAGGUCACGACCCUCAGACUGAGGAGAACGAUGCAAGGAGGAGGAAAUAACUUAUAUUUAACAUGGUAAAAUACUGUAAUAAAAAAAACGAUAUAAUUAUGAGUAACAUGAAUUAUUUCUUACUCAAAUAAACUAGUAUCAGCCAAAAUACAAUGAAAAUAUCACAGAGAUUAAUUAUUAAUUCCUACGUACAGAAGUUUACAUUUCAGCGUCAGAAUGCCAAUUCAGUUCAAAAGUCCGAUAUUGGGUAUCAUUAAUUAACAAGAGCGUCCGGAAAUCCGAUCCCAACUCUAUUCAACGUCCGUCUAACAAAACAAUCCUUGUUAAUUUGAAAUUUUAUCGCACUAAAUACCCUAGUAAUCCCCGAAGCUCGACCUAUCGUUACAUUUACAUGUGGCACAUCCGUCGUCGUUAGUGGCGCCCCUGCCUUCGGAGCGGACGGACGUGUGGUCCCGCUGCAGGCUUCUUUCAGCAUAGACUCAGUGUCGUGAAGUGAGAACUUGGUGUUCGUAAUAGAUUUUUGUGUUUUGUGUGGCUUCGUGACACGGAUUCUUUUGAGGCUAGAGAUUUAUAAAUCAUGCAAAGCAGAAAACGUCACCGAAGACGAAGAACGAAACUCAUUAACGUAGUCAGAUAAUCAAUGAAAAAUGUAACCUAAAGCGCUACUCAUUGGUUCAAAAUGCUUCGACCGGUGCUUGGCCGUUUGUCCGUUGGGGACUUGUUGGUGACAGUGUUGUUUUUGUGUAGAACAAUAGUUUGUGAUGGACAGUGUCCAAAGUACGCUGAGCGCCCUUUAGAGACUCGGGUGCAGGACGCUUCCAUAGUGUUUAGGGCUGUGGUAGUGCAAACACAUCAUCAGAGUAAAACACUAGACUUGGCUCUAGUGUCAAUAUACAGAGGAGGCGUGGAGCUGGCCUCUGUCAGUAGAUAUGCAGGCUCGCCUUAUAAUACCACAGAUAGGCAGGUGAACCUAAAAAUAGCCCAGCCGCUAGACCACUGCUUCAACUGGAGCAUGGCGCCCUCCCAAAGCGAGCUGGUGGUGUUCGCCCGAAUCAGCGACCCCGCGGUGGACUUAGAGACCACGCCACCUGACGGGCCCUGGCUUGAAGCGACGGCUUCGGCGGUUCCUUGGAGCUUGGGCGUUGAUAUUGCCAUAUGGAACGCCGUUGGCUGGGCGGGAUGGGGAGAGUGGGGGGCCUGCAGCAAAACCUGCGGCGGCGGUAUGCAGGUGCGGAGGAGGUACUGUUCACGAGCUACCUGCGAAGGCUUCGGGGAGCAGGGCCGGGCCUGCAACACUUUCGAUUGUGAGGGUACAAUAAACCCGCUUGCGCCGGGCGCCCGCCGUAACUUCCACCCGGCCCAGGCCCGAUGGGGCUCCGUCGCGGAUCGCCCUCACGCCUUCAGCCUUCGGCCAAACUCCUACAUCUGGAUAGCUUCGUCAGAACUCUUCCCUAAUGGAAGAAUGUUCCCGAGGGAGUUUACGCUGUUCGUGUCAUUGAGACUGCGUCCUGAGAGCGGCGGCUACGGGCAAGGCACGCUAUUUUCCCUCCGCUCGCGUCGCCGCACGGGCUCAUUCCUUUCCUUGGAGUUAGCCGGGCGGGGCGCGGCGCGACUGGUCCAUGCGGGCGCUGGCGCCUCUAGAGCUAUAUACCUGGCGGUGCCGCUGUAUGACUUCCGUUGGCAUCAUAUUGCUAUCAGUGUCCACGAUGACAACACGGUGCGCGCCUACGUAGACUGCCGCUGGCUCCGCACCGACGUUCUGGAGAAAGGCGCGCUCGACACUCCGAGGGACGCAGAUCUUAUUAUUGGCUAUCUGUUUUCUGGCGACCUCGAGCAGCUAGUAUUGGUGCCUAAAGCGGGUCAGGCGCAGAAACAGUGCUCCAGCCAAGUGACCGGGACAUCUACUCCCUACGUGAACAUGCAUUAAUACAAGACUUGGCCUUUGACUACACGCACUAUGGAACUAUGCUACACUGUAGUUCGUGUCAUCACGAUGACGCGCAGGUUUAUCAAUUCUAACCUUUAAUAACAAGACAUUACGUGUCAAGGCACGCGUCUGCGUGAAUGACACGAUCUUUAGGGAAUUACGUGCCCUAGGAAUGUUUCCACAAUUGCGAUAUUUCCGUUACAGCAACUUCUCAUAUUUUUGUAAAGGGAUCGAAACCGAUGUUCAAAACGGAAACUUUCUUUAUUCCUUGUGAUAUUUCGUGAAAUUUCCGAGAAAUUUUUGAAACUUUUUGCACAUCCGUAAACUAUGCCAUCAAUGUGCUAUCUCUCAACGUAGGGUAAAAAACAAAUCAUGUUAGAAAUACAGGCCAACAUUCGAUGACAGAAAAACUUGAUUUUCGUGUUAUGGAUUUUGAAUUAAGUUGAAUAAUAAAAUAUAACGUUACAUUUUGGCUGCGUUUCCACCACAGAUGUGCGAGGAUGCAUAGCGAGGGAUGUGUUUGUUAAGAGUCAAUAUAAUCCAUGAAUCACUUCGUUUACUUAUAUCAGCGCAGCUUGACUGGACAAUUUAUAUUGGUUCUUAAAAAACCCAUUCCUAGGAUGCGUACAUCCUCGCACAUCUCUGUUGUAAACGCAGCCUUAAGCAGCUUACAUUUCAUUCUUGUCAUUCAUUCUUGUUCAGGUUCUUAUAUAUUCGCAUUAUUUUGAAUUCAAACUGUUUAUAAAAUGUGCCUUUCAUCCAGAAAUAUAAUAUACAGUCCGCUCUAUGUAAUAUACAGUCAGCAAUACUGUUCGCUUAGCACCUUUGCAUACAAACUCCUACGCGCGGGGGGUGGGGGGGGGUUACCAUUUCUCUCCAUUCUCUGCAGCUGACUGUACAUGAAGCAUGACUCUUCUCUGAUGGAAAACCACAAAUAAUUAUUUUCAACAAACGAAUUUUGUAUCAAAAAAAUUUGGUGCAAACAAAACAUGCUUGUAACACAUAAAAUGAAAAAUAAUUUAUUAAUGGGUCAAUAUUAUUUUCAUUGUCUUGUUUCUGACCACUCUGUCACGCUUCUGUUUUUGUCUUUUUAUCAAAUAAAUAAAACUCCGUCACAUUUUUUGGGAACAAAAAACAACUAAACGAUUUUUGAUGCUACCAAAUUACUUGUUUUUAUUAUUAUACCACAUUCGUUAAAAUAGGUAGUUUUUUUCUGAUUAUGACUAAAUUUUGAAAUGUAUGUCUCAGAUGAUUUUUCAUAAUUUAGUGGCAUAUUUAUGAAUAACAACAAAACAUUUUUAUUAUACCGCUAUAUUGAUGGCAUUUUAGAUUAUAAGGACUAAAGAGUAAUAUGUCCAGAUAAUGACUAACCAGCUACGUGCAUUAAAAACCCAUAAAAGCCUUGGGAACUAAACGAGGUAGGUACCGGAACCCUCAAGGCUAUUAC